GGCUUCGACCCCUUCGACUCCCGCUCCAAGACCCUCCGCCCCCUCGACCUCUCACCUCCGCUUGGCGCCAGCAGCGACCUCUCUUCCAGAAGCGCGCGCCCGCCAGAACCCCGGCGGCCCCGUCUUCGACGAUAAGCGGAGGAGGCUGCAGGGCUGAGCGAGGAGGAGGAGCUGCAGGAUGACGGCAGCAUUGACGCGGUCGGGCCUCAACUACGACUCCGAUGACUUCGCGCCCGACAACAACAGCGCGGGGCGGAAGCUGGACGAGAGCGACGGGAAGAACGGGAGCGAGGGUAAGGUCACCGGAGGCGGAGGCGAGCGGGAAGGGAAGAUAGAAGGCGUGCUGCCGGCCAAGAAUUUGAUGGCCGAGAGGCGCCGGAGGAAGAAGCUCAAUGAUAGGCUCUACAUGUUGAGGUCGGUUGUGCCCAAGAUUAGCAAGAUGGAUAGAGCAUCCAUUCUCGGUGAUGCUAUUGAGUACUUGAAGGAGCUUCUGCAAAGGAUCAAUGACCUUCACAAUGAACUAGAAUCAACACCGUCAAGCUCUGCAUUGCCCACUCCAACUGGAUCCAGCUUUCAUCCAUUGACACCAACGCUUCCUACUUUGCCAUCUCGUGUCAAGGAGGAGCUCUGCCCAAGUUCUUUACCCAGCCCAACAGGUCAACAGGCAAGGGUGGAAGUGAGGGUAAGAGAAGGGAGGGCAGUGAAUAUUCACAUGUUCUGUGCUCGAAGGCCAGGCCUCCUGCUCUCUACAAUGAGGGCGCUUGAUGGCCUUGGCCUUGACAUCCAGCAAGCGGUCAUCAGCUGUUUCAACGGGUUUGCUCUUGAUGUGUUUCGAGCUGAGCAAUUGAAGGAUGGGCCUGGUGUGAUGCUGAAGAAAUCAAAGCAGUGCUUCUUCACUCUGCUGGCUUACAAAAUGCAAUGCAGUAGAAUCAUGGAGGGAACCGAUCUAUGGACAUCUCAUGCUUUAAAAGAGUGGACAAACUCGGCAUUUGCUACCGUUUUCCUCAAAUGAACUUGCUUUAGUGCCUCAUGAUAACUCUUUCUUCGUUUAUCAUAUCCAGUUUAAGUUAAUAUAGAGACUUCAUUUCCGUCUCCAUUUCUUUGUUGCUCUGUUAUCAGUUAGGGUAGCUUUCCAGUUAAAGAUGACAACGUUAGCAAGGUAAAGAAAAUCUUACUGUUUUUAGUUUUCCUGGUACUUUGACAUGUUGAUGUAGUGAGAAGAAGGAAAAACUUGGUGUAUUAGCUUUCUGGCAUUGAAAUAUUAGUGUAUUGUGUUUUGAGAUGUC